AUGUCUCAUUCAGGUGCUGCUACUUUUAACAAAUUAUCAGGGAUUAUAGCUAUCAAUGAAGAUGUUUCGCCUGCUGAAUUGACAUGGAGAUCAACAGAUGGUGAUAGUUCUAAUACCAUUAUUCUCAAUACUAUCGAUAAAUUACAAGCUACUUCUGCUAACAGCGAAAAGAUGAUGCUAAGAUUGGUGGCUAAAGUGGAUGAGACAAAGAAACGAAAGGAUAACGAAGGUAACGAAAUCUUACCUAAACCAGUGACUCAUGUUUUUAACUUUAACAAUAGGAUUGUCAUGGACAAUAUCAAAUCAACUCUACAGCAUAUUAUUUCACGUUAUAAGGAUGAUGAUAUUUAUGAAGAAAAGAGAAAGAAAGAAGAAGGAUCUAGUGGCACGCCACGCCUCCCAUCAGAAACACCUCCUACUUCAUCUUUAAUCAAUACGGCUACUUUAGAUGAUUCUUUAUCAAGGGCCAAACUGUUAUCAAAUUUAAAAUUACAACAAUCUUUACUCCGAGAGGAUAAACAGUUAAUGAGAAUUUUUCAAGAAGCUGUGAUCAAUUCAGGAUUGCCCCCAAAUGAAUUUUGGUCAACUAGAAUUGCCAUGCUAAGAGCUUACGCAUUGUCUGUUUCUCAAAAAGUAGGGCCAUAUAAUGUUCUAUCGACCAUUAAACCAGUCGCGUCUUCUGAUAACAAGGUUAAUGUCAAUAUUUCAAGGGAAAAAAUUAUGAGUAUUUUUGAAAACUAUCCUAUUGUUAAAAAGGCUUAUACGGAUAAUGUUCCUAAAAAUUUUAAGGAACCUGAAUUUUGGGCAAGAUUUUUCUCAUCAAAACUGUUUCGUAAAUUAAGAGGUGAAAAGAUUAUGCAACAUGAUAGAGGUGAUGUGAUUAUAGAUAGGUACUUGACUCUGGAUCAAGAGUAUGAUAGGAAAGAUGAUUCUAUACUAUUGCACCCUGUACAAAAGAUUAUUGAUUUAGAAGGUAAUGAUCAAGACGAUCCAGUUUUAAAAGGUAAUAAACCUGAUUUCACUAUGCAACCAGGAUUCGAUGUUAAUGGUCAUAACGACGGAUCUGUAGACAUUUUGAAAGGUAUGAAUAGACUUAGUGAAAAAAUGGUUAUGUCACUUGAAAAUGAAUAUUCAAGAAGUAACCUAAAUCAAGACGAUGUAGAUCGCGAAGAGCGUAGCGAAUUAGUUCUAGGAGAUUUGGAGGAAGAGUAUCAAGAAGAUUAUGCCAUGAUCCACUUGAAGAAUCAAGGUGAAAGAGCAUCUUUAGAGACAAAGGAUUCGAUUGAAAAAUCGAAGGAAAAGCAUAAAAAGAUUAAUAAAGGACAAGUUCAUGAUCAAAUCGAUUUUGUACUUCAAGGUUUGGGUACAAAAUUAGAUCUAACAGACGUUGGCAAAAACACUUCGUACAACAACGAAAUUAACCAGAAAGUCAUUACUGCGGUUAAAACCAAUGCAAAGCAAGCAAAACACAAUAAUUUAGAUACCAUGUGGGGGGUUCAAGGUGCUGGUAAGAAUGAUGAACCAGAAGCAACGGUUAAACUACCAUUGGAUUUACUGGAAAGUUGUAGGAUGUUGCAUAGUACAUGCUGUGAAUUUCUCAAACAUUUUUACAUCCAUUUUUACAGUACAAAGCCUAAGAAACAAAAUACUACCAGGAAGCUUCACAAUAAUUUAAAAGAGUGCGCAGACAAAAUUUUCGAAUUGUUUGACGAUGUACAAAAGGGGGAUGGUGAAUCUAUGGCAGCCAUUUGCAAGUCAUGCUUAAAACCAGUUCUUGAUUCCAUCAACUUGGCAAUACAGAAAUAUCAAGAGAGCACACCUCCUGUAAUCAAGAGGGCAGAAUCUACAGCGGCACAACCUACGGUUGUUUUAGAUUAA